AUGGGAAAUUUACCUGCUGAUCGUCUUCACGGCAAUAGGCCUUCGAAGCCGUUCGAAGGAGUGGACUUUUGUGGUCCAAUUUUCGUAACCUUAGGAAUUAGAGGGAAGUCAGCGGUAAAGAUGUUUGUUGGCCGGCGUGGACGUGUCCAGAAAAUUUUCUGCGACAAUGCCACCAAAUUUGUCGGUGCUUCCCGAAUGCUGCAGGAGUUCAGGGACCAUUUCAUUGCCAACCAGGAUGCCAUAACGGAGUUCGCAGCCACGCGUGGGAUCACCUUCUCGUUCAUCCCGCCCCGAGCGCCCCAUUUUGGCGGCCUAUGGGAGGCGGCCGAGAAAUCAGCAAAGGGAUUAAUGGUCAAGGCCGUGGGCAGCGCAGUGCUCCGACAGGACGAGUUGAACACCGUCUUGGUAGAAGUCGAAGCCAUUCUCUAUUCGAGGCCCAUCGUCGUGGACAGCUCCAACCCAAACGACGGCGAAGCAGUAACCCCAGCUCAUCUGCUGGUCGGAACAACGCUCGUUGCGCUGCCAUUCGUGUCAAGUCAGCCAGUAACAGACGGCAAACUGAGCUACUUGAAGAGAUGGCAACUGAUAUCCGCCGUCAAGCAACGGUUUUGGGUAGACUGGCAAAAAGACUACGUCCUGAGCCUGCAACAACGACAGAAGUGGCUAAGCGAGAGCCACAAUAUACAAAUCGGAACCAUCGUCGUGGUCCACGAGGACAACAGUCCGCCUCAACAGUGGCUAAUAGGAGUCAUCGAGGAGGCCAUCAAAGGCGAGGAUGGAAAAGUUCGCGUGGCGGUCGUCAGAACUAAAUCUGGCGUUUUUAAGCGAUCAAUACGUCGAUUAGCUCCUUUGCCUGUGAAUGAAUUUUGA